UUUCAGACAAUUAAAACGUUUAUUUUCUAUAAUCAAAACAACUAUGGCUGUUCCUCCCGAUGUUAUCGAGAAGAUCGAGGCUGGGUACAAAAAGUUGCAGGAGGCACCGGAGUGCAAGUCUCUUCUCAAGAAGUACUUCACUAAGGAAGUUAUGGACCAGUGUAAAGGGCUCAAAACUAAGCUUGGUGCGAACUUGCUUGAUGUGAUCCAGUCUGGAGUUGCGAAUCUUGAUAGCGGUGUUGGUGUUUAUGCGCCUGAUGCUGAGUCUUACACUCUCUUCAAACCGCUUUUUGACCCGAUUAUUCAGGACUACCACAAUGGAUUUGGACCUGACCAGAAGCAGCCGCAAACUGACUUGGGUGAAGGAAAGACUCAGCUUUUGCCUGAUCUGGAUCCUGAGGGUAAAUUCAUCAACUCGACUCGUGUUCGAUGUGGGCGUUCUCUUCAGGGAUAUCCGUUCAAUCCGUGCUUGACUAAAGAGAAUUAUACGGAAAUGCAGGAUAAAGUUAAGGGGGUCUUUGAGCAGCUUAAGUCUGAUGCUGAGCUUGGUGGCACCUAUUAUCCUUUGGAGGGAAUGACCAAGGAGGUUCAAACUCAAUUGAUCAAGGAUCACUUCCUCUUCAAAGAAGGAGACCGCUUUUUGCAGGCUGCGAAUGCUUGUCGUUAUUGGCCAACCGGACGUGGUAUCUACCAUAACGACAAGAAGACUUUCCUUGUUUGGGUCAAUGAGGAGGAUCAUCUUCGUAUCAUUUCUAUGCAGAACGGAGGCAAUGUUGGUCAGGUGCUUGAGCGUUUGAUCAAGGGAGUUAAGGCGAUUGAGACUAAAGUUCCGUUCUCUCGCGACGAUCGUCUUGGCUGGCUUACUUUUUGCCCUUCGAACUUGGGAACGACCGUUCGUGCAUCUGUGCAUAUCAGAUUGCCAAAGAUUAGUGCCAAGCCGGAAUUCAAGAAGAUCUGUGAUGAGAUGAAGUUGCAAAUCCGUGGCAUUCAUGGUGAGCACUCGGAUUCUGAAGGCGGCGUCUACGACAUCUCAAACAAGGCUCGCCUUGGGCUUACCGAGUUUGAAGCUGUCAAGCAGAUGUACGACGGUGUGAAGAAGUUGAUUGAGCUUGAGAAGGCUGCCUAG